AUCGUGCCGACAGCACCUACGGCAUAGUCCUCGGGUGUGCAGUUCCCUAGAAGUAGUAACAAUGAAGGUUGUCGUAGCUCUUCUUUGCCUUGUUGCCCUUGCAAGCGCUCAGUAUACUAUAAGGCUGCCAACUAAUAUAGACACAUUAAUAAAUGACGCGAAAGGAUUGAGGGAGACCUGUUUCCCGGGCAACAAUAUCUGCCACUCGCCACCAUUCAGGACCAGAGCAAUGGACGAGAAUGUUUUAGCUACAGUGAUCUCCUCCAUUGCACAGCAAAUACUAAACUAUCUCGGUGUUUCGAACCUACGUACGAAUGAUUCUCUCAUCAAAGGCGUUUUCGACAUAGUAUCAUGGAUCGUGACUGCGGUCGCCGAAGUGAUCUAAGCCGUCGCCAUACCGACAUACCGAACGAAGCGAACUGCGUGAGAAGGGUUGCCCAUCCUGAGGGUGAAGGGUUGCGAAACGUUUCUGGAAAUGCUGAACUGAAACUAUACCAACAAAUAUAUUACCUUGCUUGUUAUGCUUACUAAA